AUGAUUUCUCUCGCAACAGUCUAUCAUGUUCUGGCAGCAACAGUGCCACUGUAUGCAGCCAUGUUCCUGGCCUAUCUUUCAAUAAAAUGGUGGAAGCUCUUCACCCCUGACCAAUGCACAGGGAUAAACAAGUUUGUAGCCAAAUUUUCAAUCCCCCUACUGUCCUUCCAUGUUAUCUCCACCAACAAUCCCUACAAAAUGAAUCUCAAACUUGUAGUAUCGGACUCGCUGCAGAAAAUAUUUGCCCUCUUGGUGUUUGCAGUCCUAACUAAAGCAUGCUUUAGAGGCAGCUUGGAUUGGCUACUUACUGGGUUCUCUCUAUCUACAUUACCCAACACCUUGAUUAUUGGGAUCCCCUUAUUAAAAGGUAUGUAUGGGGCUGAAGCUGCCAAACUCCUGGCUCAGAUCGUUGUCUUACAGAGCUUAGUUUGGUAUACUCUUCUACUAUUUCUCUUCGAGUUCAGGGCUGCCAAGGCAAUUGCAGCAAAUCCAACUGACAGUACAGGGGAACUGGAAUCCUCUGGAGGAAUACACCCCAGACCUGAAGAGGAUGAAGUAAAAUCCCUGUCCAUAAGAAAUAUCAAAAGUUUCCUCAUUCUUCAGAUGGUGGGAAAGAAACUUAUGAUAAAUCCCAAUACUUAUGCAACUUUAGCAGGUUUUGUUUGGUCUUUAAUCAGCUUUAGGUGGGGAAUAGAGCUACCAUUAAUAAUUAGAAACUGCAUAUCAAUGUUAUCAGAUGGGGGACUUGGCAUGGCAAUGUUCAGCUUAGGCCUUUUCAUGGCAUCUCAGUCUAGCAUCAUAGCCUGUGGGACUCGGAUGAUGGUUUUAUCCAUGGCACUAAGGUUCAUAAUUGGACCAGCCUUGAUAGCAAUCCCUUCCUAUGCUAUUGGAAUGAGGGCAACAUUGUUAAAAGUGGCAAUUGUUCAGGCAGCUCUUCCUCAAGGAAUAGUAACAUUUGUGUUUGCUAAAGAGUAUGGCGUGCAUCCAGAUAUUCUGAGUACUGGGGUUAUUGUUGGCAUGAUCAUAGCAGUACCAAUUGCACUCGCAUAUUACUUCAUUCUUGAUACUAGUUAACUUCUUUAUAUGCUAAAGAUAUGGAGUCCCAUGUUCUCAUACAAGGUGCAGAAACAUAGCAUGGACUCUGGAUGGAGACAGCAGUGACCAAAAUUCUCAACUUUCUGACUCAUAAAAUGAUGGUAAAAGUAUACAACCACAGUACAAUUAAGAGAUAAGGUGUUUCACAAGAUUGCACCACAGAUAUCUAUCUUUCCACUCUACAGUUACAAGAGUAUUCUACCUCAUCAGAUCCAUUUAGGGACCUGACCAGCAGUAUUUUGUAUGUGGUAUGAUGAGAUUUAUAAAUGGUGCCCACCAAGGAGGGUGACGCAUA